CAUCUCGGUCACGACUCGCCAUCAUCGAAUCACGAAGUGGGAACAAGUGCGCCAAUUUUACUUCACCGCUGUACCUCGCAAGUGCGUAGGCGUGGACCGCAGCAUUUGUUUUCGAGACAAGGUCUGUCCGUCCUGCAGGCUACGCUUGUUCUCGCCAUCACAAGGCUUGAUCGCGUGGACGAUUUGCGUCAUUCGUACAAAGCAAAUCGACUCUAGAUUGGACUCGAGGCAGGCCUUCUUGACGUCUCACGAUUAACAGUCGCUGCUUGCGGAGAGUGUGGUCAUCCCUCCUCGCCUUGCGGCCUCGCUUCUCAAACGUAUCCGGUGACGGCUGUGGCGCACGAGCUGGCGCAUCGCCAAAGUGAGGUCGGCCUGCUCACCUGAUUGACGGAGCAACUCAUCGUCCGUAUUCGCAUUGAUGGACCCUUCGCAUCGAGCCGCGCUGCCUCGCAGACCCUCAGACGACUACUACACCUCGACACUCGACACCUCGCACGAGCCGCGCCUCAUUGCGUUUUCCGAUUCUACCACCCCUUCGGCGGCUUCGCGCCCUCGCAGGCCAAGUCUGCUGAACCUGGCCAAGUCACCGGAGGUGCUCUACGGCAGCAUUCAGCUUCCUUCGAAUCACAGGCGCAACUCUGCUGCACGAUCUAGCAGCGGUCCAGAGGCUGCAGCGGGCAUCCUUGCAGGCACUCGGCGCGAGAUGCCCGCUCGCCCCUCAUGGAUGAGUCCUGACAGGCCCACAGUCGGACUGGGGGGACAUGGUGCACGCAUGCUGGACGAGGAGGAGGAGCCGCGGCCCCGCUACGGCGUUCGAGCGGAUGUAUCGAGCGUCGACGAGCGUUCCAUCUCCACGACUGCGCCACAUUCGAGACAUCGAAGUCCUUCAUCGUCGUUGAGCAAUGGUUUGAGGAACCCUUCCCUCCACGCCCAUCACUCCACACGUCCACGACCACCCGAUGGUCACGAUCUGCCUAGCGCGCCAAAGCCUGCUUCAACCCCCACCCGCACCGACAGCUUUCUCGCGUCCCUUAUGCGUGCGGGCAGCGCGACAGCAAGCUCACCGACUUUGGAGCGUGAACCGAUACCGUCGCCUACAUUGACCUGCGCAUCCGCUCCACCACCUGGGCAAGUAAGAUCCAACAGCCCUGUCUACUCGAGCACGUCUGGAAGGGGCGCGCCUGUUCACGUCGGCAAUCACAAUCGAAUGCCUUCUCAUCCCCCCUCGAGGCCCUCGUCACGUGCCUCUGCAGACCGCGAGCUUCAUGAUCCACGCCUGACCCGCCAUCUACACGACAAGGACAGCAUGCUUGGCAUGCAACGGCAGACCACCGACCGUCAACGUACUGUGAGCGCGUUUGGCCAUCCAGAUGCACGAGUCGGAUCUGUAGCGCCGCUCAGUUCUAGUCCAAGGCUGCCAGACUUUGCGACCUUUUCUCGCCGCGUCGCGGAAUCGGGCAGAGCGGAUGGCGACCACAGUGGCUCCUCUGCCAGUACACCUGUACUCGGGAGUCGGCCGGUGUAUCCCAGUAUGCCGGCGCACCCAAAUGCUUCGGCAUUGGAUUCGAGGUUGAUGGUGACUCCGUCGCGCUCGCUGCGAGUCGGGAUGCAUCGGCGCAAUGCCAGUGGAGAUCAGAUCUUGGGCAAGCGCAAAGGCGAUUGGGCAGGUGACGCUGCGCCCCCGGAACGCAACUCUCACGCGCACUACUCUGUCAAUCAUCCCAGUUCCAUGCCUGGCAGGCAGCCGCCCCCUCCACCACUGGCUUUUCCGCCAUCGCGCUCGGCCACGGCCUCGCAGUCCAAUGACCUGCACUACCGGGAAAGUCACACGCAAGAACCUGCCUACGCUUCGCCGACUGUUCAGCAGUCGUUUUCGAAUACGUCCUACCAACCGUCUAUCGUGCGUGGAGCGCAGUUGACUCGCCAAGUGGAGCGCCGCGAGCAGCACAGCAAUACGAGGCGACUACUGCUCCUCCACAUCGCUUCUCUACGCGAGCAGACUUCUGGCGUACAUCCCGUCGCCACCACAUUCCGCGUCAGCCACGCCGCAGUGGCGCAAAAGUCGUACGGCGCCGAAAAGCGCUUCUUGUGCCCACCGCCGAGCGUCACGGUCAGAGGUGCGCCGCUGCGGGCAUAUGUCCCGAGCGACUCCAAGACGCAGCAUCGCAUCCUGAUGCGUGUGACUGCCGUGGGCCCUGACGGAAGGCCUACCCAGUACGAUGAACUCGACGGUAGGGAUCCCGGCGUUCAUGGAAGAAGCGUUGCUGCCGAGCAAUUGGCUCUAAUGCGGGCAGAUGAAAUGUGGCCGAACGGAGUCUACUUUCUCGGACUGCACGUGGGAGGGGACAUGCGCAGCGACGGUGCCUCCAAGACAUUUAAAUUGCAGGUCGAGAUGCUGACUCCUCCAGGUCUCAAUGCUGCGCAUUCAGCCUUUCCCCAUGGCGUUCCCAACACGCUCGCUGGCUAUGAUGCGCGCCCAUGGGCUUCCUUUCUUUCAAGUCCAAUUAGCGUGAUCAGCAAACCGGCAAGAAAGAGCGCCAAGUCUCGCAACACCUCUAGCACCGUCAUGGCGAACAGCUUCGUCUGCCUUUACAACAGAGUCAACAGCCAGACGGUCAGAACCAGAUUCUUGGGUAUGGAGACUGAGCAGUCGAGGAGCGGACCGAUCAGCCGCCUCACAGCGAAGAUGGACGGCUGGACACCUCUACGCGUCGAAGUCAUUGGACGGCCAUACAAGAACGUCGAGUUUACAAACGAGCCGCUCAUGUAUGGCCACAUUAUCGUUCUGCGAGACGAGGCAGGUCUCUCCUCGGAUCCUCUUCUGGUUUGCCGAGUCGACAAGGGCAAAGUCGAGCUGUGGGACCAUGCCAGUGGAGAGCGCUCGAGCUCGAGUGUUGCCUCGGACGGUAUUCGGAGCUUUUUCAAGCUCACCGAGCGAGGAAUGCGCGAGCUGGCAUCUCAAGCUCCGCACCCAAACGAUCCUCCAAGAUACGGUCGAGGAGCCGCGGCUGAGACUGCGAAGAUCGCUCUUGAUGAGCAUGCCGCCCAGCAGCGCUCUUCCGUUGAUGCAGGCGAAGGCUCGACCACUCCUGGCGUACCAGGACAAAACGCGAGUCCGGUUAGUCAGAUGCAAAAAGUUGCGCUGCUGAGGAUUCUUCCCAGCUACGUACGCUGCGACAUGGACGACGCCUCGUUCGUUACCUUGACACUGCCCAGUCAGCAUCGCAAUUAUCUUUGCUCGACGGUUCCUGAGCGACGACAUGAGCUCGGCUCUCAGCGGUCUCCUGAAUCGGGCAACGGUUCUUGGACGGCUGCGCAGCGACCGAGAGCUCAUGGUCAUGAUGCUGUCACAUCGCAAGAGGUGGCGCGGAGCACCGCAUACGCGCAUGCUCGCUGCAGUGACGCCCCUUCAGGCUACCCGAACAAAAAACGCUUGCCAGCCUGGUCCUCGACGGUCGAGCCCAGCCAAGGGCGAGAGCAUGCUGAACAACGUGCGAGUCACGCACCGCGGCAAUCUGCACACUCGGCAUCGCAUGGUGCCGCCGGCCCAGCCUCAGCAUCCCUCCUUGAGGCCACUUCGGCAACAUACGCCAUACCCUCAAAAAGCGAUCGAGAGGCAAGAGUAGGCUCAGGCCAGUUUGCAGAUCACGUCGAGGUCGAUGUGGUGGACGACACGCUGUGCUGGUCCGUUGUGAUGGUCCAUCAACUCGAAUACACCUACAUCGAUGCCAAUACUGCGCUAUCGGGACCUGGCCAUCAGCCCCAGCCCAUCAGCAACCUGCCCGUCACACCUUUCUCUGCGGUUGCAAGCAAGCCCUUCUUUGAUCCAACGGAGAACAGGUUGAACUUUGCUACGCGGGAUCUGUUCUAUCCAUUCCCAAUGGACGAUGGCGGCCCACCAUGUCAGAUAGCCUCGGAAAUCUGGAUUGGCGAUCUUGGCCCCCUUCGCUUCGAGGUGCGCGGACCUCGACAACGCUCUGAUCGCGAUCCUCCGCCGCUCCACAAUGACGUUGUCGUCACCUUGCCGCCGCCCGACGAGAUGGCUGGAGCGGUUCAUCGCGCUCUGACCGCUGCGUAUCCAAACAGCUCGCCUGCGGAGCUGGAGGCAGCCAGUCCCGUAGGACUCCCAAUCAGCUUGGUCCGAGGAUUCGACGGUAUCGCCUACCCGUCGGAGCAUAAAAUCUUCCUCGACAGAAUGCAAAGCUCUCUUGCGCCCGACGCAGUCCAGCUCUACAGCAUUCGCAUAGAGUGAGCCACGCUCCCUUGUUCUUUACCCCGCCUCUCGACUGUUCUCUCCUCGCAUCUCUCU